GCGCAUUGCACGCCAAAGUGUUCGGUUGUCUUAGCCCUAGAGUGUUUCGUGUCGUGCUGACUAGUGUAGUUAGUAACUAAGUGUUUCUAGUGUGUGUUGUGUUUUGGGGCAAUUAACACUGGCCAUUGUUGCAUGUGAACCAUUGGUGAACUAUUGAUUAAUCAGUGCCUAGAACACCAUGUCGAAGGAUACGGACGUGGAGCAGGCCGUAAAGCCGGAGACGGGAGUUGUCCAGGUGCAGCCAGCGAUUCCGGAGGAGGAGCCACAGGUGACCACCCCCACGACGGUGUCCACAACAACGACGGUGAUCGCAGUGACGAAUGGCGAAAAGCCCCUGGAAGUGACACCUCCAUCUGGAGCACCUGCAACACCUGCAACAGCAGAACAACCUGCAACAACCAUUGCUGGCAUUGAAUUGGCCACUCCAACGGCAGCAAUCCCAUCACCAUCAUCAACAGGCAGUGGCAAGGCCAACAUGGAUCCGGCGCUGAUCAACUUCAAGGUGCUCUAUGUGCUGACCCAGCUGUGUGGCCUGACGAUGAUCGUCUUGGUGGGCACCUGGAUUGGCCAGCACUUCGGGGGCCUAGGGGGAACCUCUAAUCCCGGCCUGGAGUUCAACUGGCAUCCGCUGUUCAUGACCAUCGGCUUCAUCUACUUAUAUGGAAAUUCCAUUCUGAUCUAUCGUGGCUUCCGCACCACGCGCAAGAAGACUCUGAAGCUCACCCACGCCGGCAUCCACAUUGCCGCUUUUAUUCUGACGGUGAUUGCACUGAAGACGGUCUUCGAUUCCCACAACUUGGCCAGUCCGCCCAUCCCCAAUAUGUACUCCCUGCACUCUUGGCUGGGUCUUUCGGCGGUGAUAAUCUUCUCGCUGCAGUAUGUGGCCGGAUUUGUGGCCUUUUUGGCACCUGGUCUAAGGGAAAACUACAGGAUCGCCAUGAUGCCGCUGCACAUCUACUUCGGUCUCUUUGGCUUUGUGCUGGCCAUCGCGAGUGCCCUGAUGGGUAUCACCGAGAAGGCCAUCUUCGCCAUCAAAAAUCCGGCGUAUUCCACUCUGCCACCGGCUGGUGUGCUGGCCAAUGUGAUCGGAGUGCUCUAUGUGGUCUUUGGAGCCCUGGUUGUCUACCUGGCCACUGAGCCCGCCUACAAGCGUAAACCCAUUCCCGAGGACACGGCCCUGCUAAACUCCAGUUCUGCCAACGAAUAAGGACUCUAUUCAUGCCCCAAAACCAGCUGCAAUGCUUACUUAAGCUCAAAACUGUGCACAAAACCAAACGAAACCGAAACCUGAUCUAAAAGAGGGUGCUUUGUUGAUGAUGGAGGAGUUGGAGAUGCGUGUAUUAUCUGUAGCAAGUACAUAACUUAACGACUGUGUACAAUUCGGAGUUGUCCACAUACGUAUACUUGGAUCACCAGUUGUGCUAGGAGAUUUCAGCGAGUGCUCAAAUCGUAACGUAUUUAACCUCAUGAAGAACAUUUGAUUUGAACUGUACGAAAACAUCUAUCUAUGUGUGUUAUAUAUGCUUAAAUAAAUAUAUAUAUAUUAAUACAA